AGUGCUUGGAGGAAGUGCGCUUCCUUUUCGAAGUUCUCGGCCUUCCGAUCUUGGAACCCACACCCCAAGUGCUUCUCAAGGAAGUGGCUAAGCACAUUUUGGACACGGACAAUGCUGUCGGGAAUGCAGCGCUGAAUUGCAUCGUGCAGGCCUACUUCUGCGAGGAGGAGAGGGUGUUCGAGUACGUUGGCCAGCUUUCGGACGAGGCUAAGCCAUUAUUGGAAGAACGCAUCAAGGGGGCGUCACGCACCUGCCACAUGAUGGCGUUGCCACCUGAGGAAUCCCCGCCCGUCAAGAACCUGACACCACCACGACAGCAGUCGGCUGUGUUUGCAUCUGCCACGAUGAUGAAGCCAGAGCCUGAGCCAAAGGAAGUGGUGCACAGACGUCCCAAGAGGGGCACUCAGUCAGGGGCACGUCCGCGGUCGCUGUCCCUAACUGUCAGCUCGGACUCGGAACGUAUGCUGGAGCAAGCGGCCUUGGCACCAUCCAAAGUCGCAGGCCUUCAGGGGGUGGAUGCUGAUGCCAUAUUGGCUGAGCCAUCUGUCGCCCCACAGGAGUGGGACCUGGUCCGCCUCGACGUGUCGCGCCCCAGCCUGGAGCUGGAGCGAGGCCGAGAACCGGAGCGUCCCCGGGAACAGGCCCGUUCUCUGGACCCACGGCGGAAGCCGGAACGUGCCCUGGAGGCGGAGUGGGUCCUGAAUACGGAACGGACUCCCGAACGGCCCCUGGAACGGGAGCGUCCUCUGCGCUGACCACCCGGAGUGGACGAAGCCUGGACGAGUUCCUCAGUGCCCGAGCGCGGCUGAGGGGACGGUGACGUGGCACCGGCCAUCUUGGCGCGCUCACUGCGAAGACGACGCACGAUGUAUGGGAUCUUGAACCUUUGAGCACAGUUCUUAUUAGGCGUGAGAUGCUGGCCACCACAGAGUUUACACUUGGGGGUACACUGAUGCUGCUCGUCGGGACUAGGGGCACCACAGCCACGGCAAAUAGCGUCACCUGGAUUUGGACACACGUCGGCGCAAUUACCGAGGCGGCCGAACGUGUAGGUAAUGCAUAGGUAAUAUAGGUAAUAUGCAAGAUAAUUAGGUCACAAUUAUUACAGAGAAAACAUUAGUACAUAUUAGGAGAACAUAAGGCAACUGCAAGAAAAACACCAACAAACAUCGAAAACUGUAAAA